AUGCCUUCCGCCGCCGAUCCCAACAUCCCGCAUUACUAUUAUUGCCACCCCUGUGAUACAACAGUAUCUAUCGUGCCUAUCGACAACGACCCCGUCUGCCCCAUCUGCGGCGGUAGCUUCAUCGAGGAGGUCAAUAUUCCGGAAUUCAACUCCCGCCGCAACAGCAUUGAAAUCCGAAACUCCGGAGACUUUGCCGAGCUCGUCGGCCUAUACUCCACUCCUUCCAGCUCACAGUCACCCGACAAUCAGAACUUCUAUCCGCAACUCUUCCUUCAGGACUACAUCGAAUCGCUUUUCUCCGGCGGCACAAGCAUCGAAGUCACCUUCAAUAGCGAUGAUGAAAGAGGCGGCGAUACAUCCGCCAGAAACAUCGGCGAAUACGUAUUGGGCUCAGGCUUCGAGAAUGUCGUACAACAACUUUUUGAGAACGAUCCAACCCGAUACGGCCCUCCGCCGGCUGCGAGGUCGGCAGUCGAUGCUCUGCCGAUUAUAGAAGUCUCCCAAAGGAUGGUACGCGUCGAAGAUGCGCAUUGCGCUGUUUGCAUGGAUGCGUUUUUCGUAGGGGACGAGGCAAUGCGGAUGCCUUGCAAGCAUGUUUAUCACGAGAACUGUAUUGUUCCAUGGCUCGAACUGCAUAAUUCUUGCCCGGUGUGCAGGUACGAGCUCCCCACCGACGAGCCUGACUACGUGUCACGAGAUAUGAGAGCGGCGGAUGCUAAUGGGUGGCGAAGUGGAGGAACAUGGCCGGCUUCGGCGGCCAGGGAAGAAGAAAGCAGUUCGGGAGGCAGGGGGAUGCGGAGGAGGGUUAGAAUAUCGCUUCCAUGGCCUUUUGGUUUUAGCUCGCGCUCCUGGUGGAGCGAUAAUGAUAAUGGUGAUGGUACGAAUGAUGGUUCAAGCUUGGAUGAGAAUUUUGAAGGCUUACACAUCAAUGAUCGUUAUGGUCAUGGCCACGGGGAAUCGGACUGA